ACUCUAAUGGUUGACUCGUCGCAAGUAGAACAGGCGUCCGUGGAGAUUGAUUCCCGAAAGGAAUUAAUACUGCGGAACCUUCAAGAAGCACUUGGUGUUGAUAAAUUGGGGAAACAGCUUGGAAUUCAUGGAAAAAUUCCUCAUGUAUACUGGGGCACGGCAACAACUGGCAGACCUCAUGUUGGAUAUUUCGUUCCCAUACGAAAAAUUGCCGACUUUUUGCAGGCGGGCUUAAAGUUAUCUCUGAUCUGUUCGUUUUAUGUCACCGUACUUUUUGCGGAUUUGCACGCUUUUCUCGACAACAUGAAAAGCACUUGGGAACAGCUCGAAAACAGGGUCAUCUACUAUGAGAGCGUUAUAAAAGCUCUUCUGAUGUCACUAGGUGUGCCGAUUGAUCGACUUAAUUUUGUACGAGGCACCACUUAUCAAUUAUCUAGGGAGUACACCCUUGAUUUGUUUCGUCUAUGCGUACAGGUAUCGCAUCGAGACGCUCUGCGAGCUGGAGCAGAAGUUGUGAAACAGGUUGAAUCUCCUUUGUUGUCAGGUCUUCUUUAUCCCUUACUGCAAGCGCUUGACGAGCAAUAUCUCAAGGUAGAUGGACAGUUUGGAGGCGUGGAUCAGCGAAAAAUCUUCAUUUUGGCAGAGGAGCAGCUACCAAAGUUGAAACUUGGGAAGCGAUGGCACUUAAUGAACCCGAUGGUGCCGGGCUUAACUGGUUCCAAAAUGAGCAGUUCGGAAGCGGACUCGAAAAUAGAUUUGCUAGAUAGCCAUGAAGUAGUAGAACGAAAAAUACGAGCUGCGGUUUGCAAUCGACAAGAAGACGGUAAUGGAGUUUUGGCGUUUUUCAAUUUCGUUCUAUUUCCGAUUGUCAGUCCUGGCUCAUUAACGGUCGCCAAUAAAGAUUUUUUUACAUACGAGGACCUCAGGGAUUCAUUCCUAAAUGGAGAUUUGUCAGAAGAAGACUUGAAAACUGUUCUUGUCGAGUUCAUUAAUGAAUUACUUAUUAAGGUGCAAGGACACUGUAAAUCUGAUAUUGUCCGAGAAGCACUAGAAAAGGGAUACGAGGAAGUGAGCAGUCGUGUAGUCAGGCCUAGUGUUCAAAGGGUGGUACAUAUAAGCGAUGACCAGCUCCAUGUGGUUAACCAGAUCGUUAAUGGUGAUAAGGUGAUUUCGGAGUUUCCUUUUUUUAUAUUGGCCGAAAUGUCCUUAGUCAGUCAAGGUAUUGACAUUGAAGGAGUCGUGUUGAUUUCCGAUAUGGAGGCUUUUCUUGACAACGAGAAGGUUGUUUUCUCUAGACAUGAAGUUCGUUUUUUUUAUUCUGCACAGGUAACAAUCAGAAAGUAUUUAAGGGAUUAUGUUCUCAACAUGUACAAAAUGGCCUCCUCAGUAACUCGUGAUGAGACAAUGGUUACUGAAGGUACCUCACUUGGCGGCAAUUUGAUCCCCUUACUUUAUGCGCUCAGUCAUCAUGUACUCAAGACGGAUCUUGCUCUUAUUGGAGAUGAUUCAAUUGCAAUUGCAAAUGUCGCAACUAAGCUGUGGUCAUGUUUGGGACUCAAUUCUCCCACACAACUGGCGUUUCCAGUACUCAUUGGAUGUGAUGGAAAGAAGAUGGCUUGCUCAGCUCCUGAUUUUCUGUUAGAUCCAUUUGAUACUCCCAAACAGAUCAAAAUGAAAUUGGCAAGAUCAUUCUGUGAACCGCAGAAUUUGGAAGGAAAUGUGGCAAUGUUCUUAGCAAAGCAACUGGUCUUUCCUCUGCUGUCUAGUGAAGCCUUUUAUAUUAAAAGGAGUGUUGAGAAUGGUGGUGACCUAAGUGUCAAGUCAUACGACGAUCUGGAACAUGAGUUUGUAUGCGGCUCUAAUCCAGCAUUUCCUCUUCAUCCUGGAGAUUUGAAGAGCGCCGUUGUUGGAUUCAUCAAUGAAUUCGUCAAUCCUGUCCGAACUCAUUUCGUUCCUACUCAAGCUUCACUUCUUUCAGCAGCUUUCCCCAGUGGAAAGAAAGGGAGGGGGUGA